AAUAAAAAAAUUAUAGUUAUCAAAUUACAGAUCAAUAAUCACAUUCCUUUACUUUGACUUUUGAAACUUAACCUUCCUUAGCGCCAUUCAAAGUUCAUGUACCCCAAGGAAAAAACACAAUACUAGGUCGGAUGAUAAACACAUGAUCCCAACAGCAUAGUUGAGAGGUAAUGUGAUUAUCAGAUGAGAGUGAAAUGGCAGAAACUGCAGUAUUGUUUGCCCUGGGGGAAGUGUUCCAAAUCUUAAAAGAAGAAACAAAUUUGCUGAGUGGUGUACACAAAGAUUUCUCAGACAUCAAAGAUGAACUUGAAAGCAUUCAAGUCUUCCUCAGAGAUGCAGACAGAAGGGCUGCGGAUGAAGCGGACGCCAAUGAUGGAAUAAGAACUUGGGUGAAGCAUAUGAGAGAAGCAUCAUUUCGCAUUGAAGAUGUCAUUGAUGAAUACCUUCGGCUUACGCAUAGGGCCAAUCCUACUGGAUGUGGAUCUUUAGUCUGCAAGAUUGCAAGCCUGAUCAACACUUUGAUUCCUCGUCAUCACAUAGCAUCUGAGAUUCAGGACAUUAAAUUGACAAUUCGUGGAAUCAAGGAAAGAAGUGAGAGGUAUAACUUUCAAAUUUUACAUGAACCAGGUUCAUCAAGCAGAAACAACACUAGAGAGACAGAAAAUGGAAGAUGGUGUGAUCCUCGACUGUCUUCCCUUUUCAUUGAAGAAACAGAAAUUGUAGGAUUUGAAGGCCCAAGAGAAGAACUAUUUGGUUGGUUAUUGGAGGGUGCAGCUGAGCGCACAGUGAUUUCAGUGGUUGGAAUGGGGGGUCUAGGAAAAACCACUCUUGCCAAGCUAGUUUAUGAUAGCCAAAAGUUAACAUCACAGUUUGAUUGCCGUGCUUGCAUCACAGUUUCACAAUCAUACACUGUGAGGGCGUUAUUGAUAAACAUGAUGGAGCAAUUUUGUAGGGACACUAAAGACCCUUUACUUCUGAUGUUACACAAAAUGGAUGACAAGUCACUAAUUACAGAAGUGAGGCAAUACUUGCAACAUAAGAGGUAUUUGAUAUUCUUUGACGAUGUAUGGCAAGAAGAUUUUUCCGACCAGGUUGAAUUUGCUAUGCCUAAUAACAACAAUGGUAGUAGGAUCAUAAUCACCACUAGAAUGAUGCAAGUUUCAGAUUUUUUCAAGAAAUCGUUUCUAGUUCAUGUCCACAACUUGCAACUUUUGUCUACAGAGAAAGCAUGGGAACUCUUCUGCAAGAAAGUAUUUAGAUUUGAGCUUGAUGGGUAUUGUCCACCAGAGCUUGAGGCUAUUUCAAAAGAUAUUGUUCGAAAAUGCAAGCAACUACCAUUGGCAAUUGUAGCCAUUGGUGGCCUACUCUCAACAAAAUCUAAGACCAUGAUUGAAUGGAAAAAUGUGAGCGAAAAUCUGAGCCUAGAAUUGGGACGUAAUGCCCAUUUAACUAGUCUAACAAAGAUUUUGUCGCUUAGUUAUGAUGGUCUGCCUUACUACUUAAAACCAUGCAUUUUGUAUUUUGGUAUAUAUCCAGAAAACUAUUCUAUUAAUCACAAGAGAUUAACUCGACAAUGGAUAGCUGAAGGUUUUGUUAAAUCUGAUGAGGGAAGAACUCCGGAGCUAGUUGCAAACAAGUACUUGUCUGAAUUGAUUCACAGAAGUCUGGUUCAGGUACUGAAUGUUGGUUUUGAAGGGAAAGUACAAACAUGUCAAGUGCAUGAUUUGUUGCGGGAAGUGAUCAUUAGAAAAAUGAAGGAAUUAAGUUUCUGUCAUUUUGUGCAUGAAGAUUGUAACACAGCCGCAUUUGGAAUAACUAGACGCCUAUCUGUAGAUACUAAUUCCAACAAUACAUUGAAGAGCACAAACAACUCACAUUUUCGUGCUAUUCAUUUUUAUGAAAAAGGAGGAUUGUUGGAGCCUUUCAUUGGUAAAUUAUGUUCCCAGUCAAAGAUUUUGAAGGUACUUGACAUUCAAGGGACAUCUUUGAAUCAUAUACCUAAUAAUUUUCACUUAAGAUACAUAAACCUAAGGGGUACAAAAGUACAGGCUCUUCCUAAAUCUGUUGGUGAGCUAAAGCACUUAGAGACAUUGGAUUUAAGAGACACGCUUGUGCGUCAUUUACCAAGUGAAAUAAACAAGCUCACAAAGCUACGGCACCUUCUUGUUUUCCAUCGUAACUAUGAAGCAAAGUAUUCUCUUUUAGGCUUUACAACUGGUGUACGCAUGGAAAAAGGUAUUAAAAACAUGACUUCCCUACAAAAUCUUUAUUAUGUGGAUGCAGAUCAUGGUGGCAUAGAUCUCAUUCAAGAGUUGAAAAUGUUAAGGCAGUUAAGGAGGCUUGGUGUAAGGCGUGUACGAAGAGAACAUGGGAAUGCCUUAAGUGCUGCAAUAGUAGAGAUGAAACACCUUGAAAAUCUCAAUAUCACUACAAUAGUUGAGGAUGAAAUCAUUGACUUGAACUUUACAUCAUCCCCACCCCAACUUCAGCGGCUACAUUUGAAAGCGAGACUACAGAAGUUGCCUAACUGGAUUCCAGAACUUGAGUAUCUUGUUGAGAUAAAGCUGGCUUUAUCUAAGUUGAAAGAUGAUCCGCUACAGACACUAAAAACCUUGCCAAAUCUGCAGAAGUUCGGUCUGUGGGACAAUGCCUAUGAUGGUGAAUUUCUGCAUUUUCAAAACGGAGGGUUUCUAAAAUUGAAGAGGCUGGACCUCAGUCGCUUGACUACUGUAAAUUUUGUCCUUAUGGAAAAAGGGACUUUGCCCUCUCUUGAAUAUCUUACAAUGGACAGAAUCCCACAACUGAAGGAGGUACCCUCUGGCAUCAAGCACUUAGAUAACCUCAAAGUUAUUAACUUCACUGAAAUGCCAGCUGAAUUUGUAGAGAGUAUUGUUCCAGACAACGGAAAAGACUACUGGAUUAUCAAGCAUGUUCCUCUUGUAUCCAUUCAUCACUCGAAUGGCCCAAAAUUCUUUGAUUAUGAGAUUCGCACUAUUCACUCGUCUUCCUCAGAGUCAUAUGCAAAUUGAGAAUGCUUUGGUGUCUACUGUCUAGCAAGCUUCAAAAUAUGAAGAAAUUUGAUUCUCCAUGAUACAGCUUAAAGAUGACGUAUUUUGUUCUAUGGUACUUAAGUUCAAAGCAAACUAUUUCCUUCUCAUCUUGCAAUAAUCAAGAAAUCUGCGGAUCCAUUCCCUAAGUGAGUUUGGCUUCUUUUCUUUUAUUGUGUCGUUUGUGGUGUUUUAUAAUUUGGUUGUGGAAGCUUUGAUUCAAAACUUUGUAAUCAGGACUAUAUUCAGAGGUCAUUUGGAGUUUGGACAUUUCUUUUGUAGUCAUUUGUGGUGUUUAAUUUAAGAUUGGUAGGAGCCUAUUCUUCAACCCUUGUAAUAAUAAUAAUAAUCAAAACCACUUCAUUUGAAUGAAUAUUUUUAUUUUGCUAACCAAGAUUGAUGCUACCAUCCUUAUCUAGCUGUAAAUUUAGAUGCCUAGUUGAUUUGAAGUUAAUCAGGAGGACAUGUGUGUGUGUGUCAGCCACCGGUUUCAUCUAUACAUCAUUUCGUCAAUAUUUUUGAAAGCUGAAAAAGGCCUUAUAUAGUCUAAACUCGCCCCUGGGCCUAGUUUCAGCUCUUUGUGACUUCCUCGCCGACUGUUUAUUUAUAACUUCAAAGCCAUAAACUUCACUCUUCAUCUACCCAUCCAGUUUCAUCACUGCAUAGUUUCUAAUAUAUGUAGAUGACUUUCUGCUCAUGUUGAAUACUCGAUAUUUCUGAUGUUAAAUAAUAGUUAUAUUAUAUUAUUGUAGGGGUAGUUUAGUCUUUUAUAAUCCCUAGUUUAUAUACUCUAUUGUAACUCUUGUUCCUUAUGUUUUUUGGUUUAUUGUAAUGGAAAACCCUAGCCUCCUUUUCUCUUUGAAUAAUCUCAAUAGUUAACAUGGUAUCAGAGCCGGGUUAA